AUGUACGCAAACCGCGACGAGGGGCAGAAAUGCAUCGCCAUCGCAAAGAACGCCCUUGCCAAGGGCGAUGUGGAGAAGGUACGUGGUUUCACAUCAUUGUUGACCCUUUUGCAGGCCGUGAAGUUCCUGCUGAAGGCGGAGUCUAUGUUCCCGACCGAUGAGGCGAAGUCCCUGCUUGCAGCAUGCCGCGCCCAGGCAGCGAGUUCCGGUGCCGCCGACUCCUCUCAUUCGUCUAGCGCCUCUAACAGGAAUGCGCGUAGUGGCAGGGCUGCGGGCGGCGCCUCCGAUGACCGCGUUGCCGCUGAUGGUGCGCGAUCAACUGCGAAGACGGCCGCUUUGAAUCGCGAAUGCACGCAGAUCCUAAACAGCAAGAGCUACUACGACGUGCUGGGAGUGCCGCAUAAUGCCAGCAUGGAUGACAUAAAGCGCGCUUACAAAAAGCUGGCUCUCAAGUUUCAUCCUGACAAAAACCCUGCCAAGCGUGCCGGGGAGGCCUUCAAUAAGAUUUCCGACGCAUUCCAGUGCUUGAGCGACCCCGAUCGGCGCAACUACUAUGACCGAGUGGGUAGCGAACCUGGAGCCGCACAGGAGAAGGUGUAUCGCCCUCGUCCCCAGGACGUGUUCAUGACUCCGGAUGUGCUCUUCGAGGCGCUGUUCGGGAUGAACCCGAACCACCGCGCUCACUACCAUCGCAACGCCUACGAACAACAUUACGCUCAUCAUGCAUCCAGAAGCUCCUCCCACCACUCGGGCUAUCACUCAACGUCGCGGCCAUCGGCUUCUGCGUCGUCCUCGUCCCACGCUGGCGGUCAAGCGCAAGGCGCUACAGCUACGCAGGGCAGGGUUCCCUUUUCUAUGUGGUUCCCGUUUAUUGGACUGCUCCUAUUCGCAUUCUUGGGCCUGCUCCUCGGCGGCGACGCCCCGCAGUACCAGUUCUCGCCUAACACGCGCUACAACCGCAUGCUGUCCACCCAGCUGAACGGCGUGGUCUACUACGUUGACCCGCGAGCCUUCGAGCGCCGGUACCCGCCCAACUCGGUUGACCGCGUGCGCCUGGAGUACGAGGUCGACUACCACUACUUCGACAACAAGUGCACUAAGGAGAAGAAGGAGAACGAGCGCAAGGCCUACGAGUACAUAUCGCGCCUCCAGUCCCCUCCGAAGGACCUGUACGACACGCCCGCCAGCUGCAAGACGCUGAAGUCGCUGCAUGAAACAUAUUCGGAUUACUUGCGCAAGCGUACAGCGCCCCGUUAG